AUGGCCUUAGGUCUCCUGUGGCUGGGCCUUGUCCUGCUGGGGGUCUUGCAGACCCAGGCCCAGGACUCCACCCCAACCCUGAUCCCAGCCCCGCCUCUGCGCAGGGUCCCUCUGCAGCCUGACUUUCAGAAUGUGGAGUUCCAGGGGAAAUGGUACAUCUUAGGAUUGGCAGGGAAUGAAUUUAAUAAAGAAAAACACAGACAGUUUAAGAUUUACGCCACCACCUAUGAGCUGAAUGAUGACAACAGCUACAAUGUCACCUCUACCCUGGCCUGGAACCAAACCUGUGACCACUGGCUCAGAAUUUUCAUCCCAACUUCGCGGCGAGGCCAAUACACCCUGGGCAACAUUGAGCGGUACACUGGAAUCCAGAGGUAUGUUUUACGAGUGGCGGCCACAGACUACAUCCAGUUUGCCAUGUUGUUCUUCAAGAAAAUUUACAGAAACCAGGAGUACUUCAAGAUCACCCUCUAUGGGAGGACCAAGGAGCUGACCCCUAAGCUGAAGGAAAACUUCAUCAGCUUUGCCAAAUCCCUGGGCCUCACAGAUCACCACAUCAUCUUCCCUAUCCGCAUAGAUCAGUGCAUGGAUAAGUGA